AUGAGAUGCCAGGCCAUGGCGGGUUCCAGCCAGCUCCUCCGAUGCUUUCUUCUCAGUGUGUCAUGGAAUUGCCUUCCGGGGUCGGCAGAGCUUUACGCUGACAGCUACGACUUACUGAUGGAACCGGUGGAGGACAUCCUGGACGAACAUGAGCACUGUGGAUGGGGAAAUCCCUUAGACCUCACAGUGAAGGCAACAACCUCCAGCAGCUUUGAGGAAUUUAUUGAGAUGCGAGAGGAUGACUGUGGCAACCGUGUCCUGAUGAUGGGCGGAUUCCUUCAAUGCCAUAGCGUAGAUGAACAUCUUUACCACGAGAUGAUGGUCCAUCCAGCCUUCACGGCUUUUCAGCUUCAGGCAGGCAGGGGCCCCGAGACGAUCUUCUUGGGCGGCUCCGGUGAUGGCGCCGGCCCACGGGAGGUGUUGCGAUGGAGAAGUGUCCGAAAUGUGACCAUGGUCGACAUCGACUACGAAGUUACAAGAUUUUCCCUGGAAUGGAUGCCAACUCUCUCGAAUGGCAGUUUCAAGGACCCGCGAUUAAAGGUGGUCACUGGAGAUGCGAUGGCAUUUCUGCAGGAGCUGCCUGAGGAGACCGCCUUUGACGUUUUAAUCAUGGACUUCCCAGAUGUGGCUGACAGCCAGGUCUUAGAGAAACUCUACAGCGAAGACUUCUACCGCCUGUGCCGCCGCCACAUGCACGCUGCAAGCGUGCUGGCGGUCCAAACUGGGCCCUGCUCACAGACGACCCGGGCAGGCUACAAAGCCAGAUGCCAGAUGCUGCAGCAGUCAAUCUUGCCGAACAUCGCCAAAGUCUUCCAAGAGGCAGAAGUCCUGCUGCAUCCGAUGGCCACCUGGAAAGUGGACAGGAAAUUUCCCUCUGAGUGGUCCAGCUUUACCCUGGCGAGGCUCUCAAGCGAGGAGUUAGACUACAGCAGGGAGGUCUGGCGGGAGCACAUCGAUGGAGAACUGAGGUACUACAGCGGCGAGAAGCAUUGGGCAGCGCUCAACCACCCGCUUCCCCUCGCGAAUCAUCUUCGGGAACUGCUGCGGAAGCCGCCCAAGCCCAAAGCUGCGCGAGCUGCGAACUCCGAGCUAUAA